CACAUCAGUGUUAGAGGAACAAGUUUUUUCAGAUUUGUUCGCGAUCAAUAUUUUAAAAAUAUUACUAAAAAUAUAAUUGAGAAAACUAGUUCAUUAAAUAAUGAGAAUAAUGAAGAAGAAUUUAGGAAAAAAUGCCUAGAUUUGGCUGAUUAUGUAAUUCAUAAUUAGAAAGCACCCUCAUAUCGUAAUCAAGUAAUUUGGGAAAGAGCAAUAAAGUGUUGGACAGAAUCUCACUAUGAAAAGCUAAAUAAAUAUGGAGGAUUCCCUUUGAUUUUAGAGGAAAAAGAUAAAAUAAUUUUAUAAUUAAAAUAUGAAGAAGUUGAUUUUUGUGAUAAAAGAAAGAAAUAUUUGGAUGAAAUACAACGAUUGAAAGGGAAACUACCAAAUAAUUCUGAUAAGUAUUCAUGUAGAUGUAAUGAAUAUAAUGAGUGGAUUGAGCAAAGGAAAAACCAUUUUGAGGAAAAGAAAAGCCCAAUAAACAGACCAAAAAAAAAAAAAAGACGUUCAGAAGUUAUAUGCGACUUAAUGAAUGAUCAAACGUUCAAAAAACUUACUGACUGCCCCCCAGUAGAUAAAUUACAACCUCGUGAAGGUGAAUCUAAAAAUACACAAAUAGUUUCACAAACACAAGAUAAAGAAAAAAAUGGGGAAUCACCUAUAUCACAUGAUUCACCCGAACAAGCCUAACAAACUAAAUCUACAGAGGGAUCUGCCACUAAUAAAGUGAAUCAAGAUACAAAACAUAAUCAACAUGAAGAGAAAAAUGAAGAACCGGAAUCUCCAUCUCAAUCUAACGUACAAACACAAGCUCACUUAUCAUCACUUGAAUCUCCUUCUAAUGAAGUUGAAGCUAAUUCUGAAAAUUCUUUACAGUCUCAGACACUAACACUUCUCUCAAAUUCCCAACCAUCCACAGAAGUAUCAGGUGAAUCUGUAUCUCUUGCUUCAGUUCCGCCAGACACAAAACCAGAAAAUCCUUCCGAAAAUCCAGUAGGAAAUUCAUCUAACAAAUACAUAUCAUCUAUUUUAAUAAGCAUCCUAAUUAUUAUCGUAUUUUCUCUUUUUAUUAAAUACACAUUAAUGGGACAGUUAAAAAAAAAAAGGAAGAUAAAAAGAAGACAAGAAAAUUUUCUUAAAAUACUAAUACCUUCACAUUCGGACAGAAAAAAAGAAUUUUUAACUCAUAAUCAUUUGGAACACCCGUGUUAUGAUGAUGAAGAAAUUACUAAAAAAAUAAAAAUACUUGAAGAUAACAUGAUAAAAAAUUUACAUGAGUCUAAGCAAAAAAAGAAAAGGUCCAAAACUAUUAUAGAAGUACAUAUGGAAGUGCUUCAAGAACGGAAAAAUUAAGAAUGGAAUUACAAAAAAGGAGAAUUUUUAGAAAUAUGCUUAGAAGUGUUCACAAAAAAGUUAUAUGGACUUUAUCCUAAUUUAACAAAUGAUGAACUAAUAACGGAAAAUAUUAAAAGUAUCAGUGAUAUUGAAAAACAAAAAAAUUUAUGGAAUAAAUGGAUAGAAAGACAUAGAAAUAUUUCUGAAAAAUUGAAUAAAGUGGACUGAUAUAAUAACUUAAUAAAUGAAUGGAAAAAGGAACUAGCUUCUAUACAUGAAAUUAAAGAUUUAAAAAAGAAAUCUUCUUAUGAAAAUCGCAAAAUUUUAUUUUUAGAAAUAGAAAAAGAUCUAUGGAAACAAUCGUAAUUUAUAGAACAAUAUAUGGAACAAAAAUGACUUAAGGUAUUAACAGAGAAGUUGCCGAGUACAUCAGAAGAAUGUGUAAGUGAAGAAACCAUAAAUUAUAUAUCAUUAAUAAAUAUAGAAAAAUUGCAGCAGAAAGAAAAUUAUAAAGAAUUAUAUAAAUAUAUAAAAAAAAAAAUGUGUAUUCUUGUUCUUAUGUCAAUAUUAGAAGAAUAUACAAAAGAGGUGAAUUUUGAUAAUAGGGAAUCAUACUUGGAUAGUUCAAUAAAUUAAUGGAGGGCAGAAGUAUAUUCAGGUAACAAAAAAGAAAUUACAGAAAAUACAAUUGAAUAUAUCAACAGUGAUAUAGAAAAUAAAAGAAAUAAGGAAUUACAUACUCAUAUAGGGAAGGACAGUUUAAGAAAUGAGAUAGAAGAUUGGAUAGGAGAGGAUGCCUUAUAUGCAAGUUCUAUAGUUAAUAAUGGGACAGUCAAAAAAUCCAUUGAUAUAGCCGAAAAACACAUUUCAUAA